UCGAGAGAGAGAAAGAGAAAAGUUUGUUGGAAGGAGUCUUCUCUCUCUCUUCUUUUAUCUCCCUCUAAAGACGGCGACUGAAAUCUAUCUUCUUCUUCCUUCAUUUUUCUUUCGCAUUAACGCUUUUAUCGGAGGAUCUAGCCGGAAAACUCUUUCUCCGAGAUCAGAUCUCCGACGAGUCAAAUCGCUGCAAGGAUCAGCUCUCUGAAGCUCGAUCUUACCUCUUUUUUUUUCGUUCUUUCCACUUUCCUGCUCAUAUUUCUCUCUCUGCGCUACAGUUUUGGUGUUUGUUUGUUUAUUUCUCUUUGCCAAAUCCGACGCGGUGGUGUAGAGAUUCAGAAACGUGGAAGAAGACGAAGAUGGAAGCUAACGGGAUGGAGCCGAAUCCGGAGAGAGAGUAUAUCAGGAGGCAUCAUAAGCACGAGCUUGUGGAGAAUCAGUGUAGCUCAACGCUGGUUAAGCACAUCAAAGCUCCUGUUCAUAUCGUGUGGUCUCUUGUGAGAAGAUUCGAUCAGCCACAGAAAUACAAGCCAUUCAUUAGCAGAUGUGUGGUGAAAGGAAACAUGGAGAUUGGUACAGUAAGAGAAGUGGAUGUGAAAUCAGGUUUACCAGCAACUAGAAGUACUGAGAGAUUGGAGUUGCUUGAUGAUAAUGAGCAUAUUCUCAGCAUCAGAAUCGUUGGUGGUGAUCAUAGACUCAAGAACUAUUCGUCAAUAAUAUCUCUUCACCCUGAGACCAUAGAAGGAGGAAGAAUAGGGACACUUGUGAUUGAGUCUUUUGUGGUGGAUGUACCAGAAGGGAACACAAAGGAUGAGACUUGUUACUUUGUGGAGGCUCUAAUCAAAUGCAAUCUUAAAUCUUUAGCUGAUAUCUCUGAACGUCUUGCGAUUCAAGACAGAACAGAGUCCAUGAACAGAGUCUAAGAGAGAGAUUGAAGAAGAAGAAAGAAACUAUUGAAAAAAUGGAGAUGGAGUCAAAGUGAAAAGAUUUUGUUUCCCUGGAUGAAAGCUUUCAGAGGGAAAAUAGAAGAGUCCUCUUUGGGGAUUGGACAGGGAAAUAAAGUAAUCAUCAUUUACCGUUACAUAAUAAGUUUCUUUAUUUUACUUUUUUUUUUUUUUUUUUUUGUGGGGGUCUCUUUUCACUUCUUCCCUUUUGUUUUUAAUUUUAUGAAUGUUUUUGGUUUCUUCUCUAUAGAACCAAAAUAUAAUUUUGGAGUUUGGCUUUUGCCACUUGCAGGAAUCUUACAAUUUGCAGAGACAUGUUAAAAGUGUGAUCAUGGGGUUCCACUCUUUCUUCCCCUUUUUUUUGUAACACUUUUAGCUGCACCCAUAAAGGUCACACACCGUCUUUUUUUAUUUCUUUUUUUGUUUUCUAGUAACUUUAUUGAACCAAUAGCAUUUGUGGGAUGUGAAAGAUCUCCACAAGGACCAUUAAGGAAAGGGAUCUUUCUUGUAUAUAGUUUAUAGAUUUUGUCUUGACUUGUGUGAUUGAGGAAACACACAUUAGCUCCAUUAGCUGUAAAAGCUAUUUCCUUUUUAUUUUAGUAUUUUACAUUACCAAA